AUGGCACUGACUGAGCAGGAGAAAUAUACCUAUAGAUACAAAGACCUCUCUCAUCCUAUAGAGUUUUUGGAUGCAUUCAGGACGUUCUAUCUUGAAGGGUUAUUCACUGAUAUUACCCUUCAGUGUUCACCGGGUGUGCUAUUCCAUUGCCAUAAAGCUGUAUUAGCUGCUUGUAGCAACUAUUUCAAAGCCAUGUUUACCUCUGACAUGAAAGAAAAGUCAAAGGAUCAGAUUCAUCUCUCUUUGUUCAGUCCUACAAUACUAGAAUCCCUGGUGUUGUACACGUACACAUCAGAGAUCCAGAUAACAAAACAAAAUGUUCAAAGCCUCCUUCAAGCUGCUGAUCAUCUUCAGUUUACUUCCGUCAAAAAAGCCUGUGAGCAGUUUCUCAUCCGACAUUUAGACCUUGACAACUGUUUAGGGAUGCACUCCUUCGCAGAAUUCCAUGUUUGUUCAGAGCUGGAGAAGGAAUCCAGAAGGAUAAUAUUGUCCAGAUUUGAAGAAGUGUGGAGACGGGAAGAAUUUCUAGAGAUUAGCAACAAGAAACUCCAGUUCAUUCUCUCCAGAAAGAAUUUUGAUAUCUGGAAAGAAGAAGCAAUGAUAGAGCCCAUUGCGAAGUGGAUUGCCUAUGAAGUGGACAGCAGGAUCGAAUACAUUUAUGAUCUGUUGAGGUGCCUUGAAACUGAUUUAGAUGAAAUGUACUUGAAAUCAGCCCUCAGCUUGUACAAAAAAUGCCAGCUAAAGGAACAUAAAAUCAGAUCUCUAAUCCGUAGUGUAUUGGGCCCCAAGCCAAGAGCAGUUACAAAAAGAUCUACCACUAUUAUGUAUGUGAUUGGGGGCUAUUACUGGCACCCUUUGUCUGAAGUGCAUAUAUGGGAUUCAGUAAAGAAUGUUUGGGUCCAGGGAACAGAUAUGCCAGAGCACACACGAGAAAGCUAUGCAGUCACAAGCUUGGGACCCAAUAUUUACGUGACUGGAGGUUACAGAACAGACAAUAUAGAAGCCCUUGAUUUAAUGUGGAUAUACAAUUUUGAAACCGAUGAAUGGACUGAAGGUCUUCCCAUGCUUAAUGCAAAAUACUACCACUGUGCAGUUACCUUAAAUGGCUGUAUCUAUACUUUGGGAGGUUAUCGAAAAGGGGCUCCAGCUGAAGAAGCGGAAUUCUAUGAUCCUUUAAGAAAGAAAUGGUUUCCAAUUGCAAACAUGAUUAAAGUGUAUUAA